AUGUAUAACCGAUACGUUCCUCCGAAGAAGAACAAGGAGGCGCAAGCGCCCGUCCAGCCUCCAGUACCUCAGUCGGCACCUCCUGCGCCGGAGCCCGCACCUACAUGGACGAACGAAAAUGCUGCGACCGGAACCGUCACGGCCGGCGACUCAACCUCCAGCCCAUACGCUCGAUUCGUACCUUCUAAGAAGAAAUCCCGAACAUCACUCGCAAGUGUGGCGCAACAUGACGCCGAAGUCUUGUCUCCUGCAACAAAGCGCAAGCAUGAGGUCGAGGUCGAAGCCGAAGCUGAAGUCGAAGAGACUCCCGCCAAAAAGAAGAAGUCUAGGAAGUCAGAAGAAGUUGCCCCUUUAGAAGAAGCAGGGUCUACUCCCUCGAAAGAGUCGAAGAAGGAGAAAAAGUCCAAAAAGUCCAAGAAAGUUGUCGACUCCGACGCCGACGAAGAAUCGGCCGGGGACGCUAUGGACACACGCGAAGACGAGAAAACGGAAUCAGACGAGAAGAAAAGGAAGAAGAAGCGCGCAUCUGACGAGGAGGAGGAGGAUGUCGUAAAGGAAAAGAAGGACAAGUCAAAGAAGAAGAAAAAGAAGAGCGAGGAGGCUUUGGCCGAAACCGAAGAUGAUGGAGUUGCAGCUCGACACAAGGCCGUACUUGCCAAGGCAAGUAAGUACCUGAAAAAGGCGGCUGACACGGCUCACGAUGAAGUUCCGGAUAAGAUGGAUGUGGACGAGGAGGAGGAAGAAGUGGAAGAACACGGCCUGGAACCGCUUCCCCAGCCCGAACCAGUCGCUCUCGAUACAUCGAAACCGUCCUACGAGACCCUACCACCUUGGCUCGCUGCCCCUAUACGAGUGGCACCGGACACACGGACCCCGUUCGCAGAUAUUGGCAUCAACCCUAAGGCAGCUGAGAUCUUGGAAUCCAAGGGUUUCAAGGAUGCUUUUGCUGUUCAGACAGCAGCCCUUCCCCUACUUCUACCAUCUUGCAAGCAUCGUCAAGGCGAUCUCCUUGUUGCAGCAGCUACUGGAUCCGGAAAGACACUGGCGUAUGCUCUUCCAAUCGUCCGUGACAUUAGCCAAGGCACUGUCACGAGACUGCGCGCUCUUGUGGUGCUUCCUACGCGUGAACUGGUCAAACAGGCUCAGGAGGUCUUUGAGCUCUGCGCUAGCGCUUUUGACGGUCGUGAUCAGAAGAGAGUUCGCGUGGGUGUUGCCAUUGGUAGUCAGCAGUUGAAGUAUGAACAGGGGAACCUCGUUGAGAAGGAGGAAAAGUACGAUCCAAAUGCUUAUCGUGCCGCGAACCAGCGCGAACUCGAAGCCUGGAAAGACGUGGAAGAGUCGGUAUUGGAGGCUGAUGAAGCAGUCCAGAGGACAGAGGCCGGCUCGCUACCGGAUCACGUGGUGGAUUAUGCCUCUAAAGUUGACGUCCUGAUCUGCACUCCUGGUAGACUGGUUGAGCACAUCAAGCUUACCCCGGGCUUCUCUUUGGAUUACGUUCGCUGGCUGGUGGUCGAUGAAGCUGAUAAGCUGCUGGCACAGAGUUUCCAGGGUUGGUUGGACGUUGUCAUGUCCAAGUUGCGCACGAACAAGUUCAGCGCGCGCGACUUCCCUGACUCUAACUUAUCUGGCGUCCGCAAGGUUGUUCUCAGUGCGACCCUCACUCGAGACUUGAGUCUGCUCAGCGGUCUGCAGCUUCGCCGGCCACAGCUCAUUGUUCUGGAGGGUCAACAGGCCGAUGGAACAGCCCCGAUUGCUGAACACACUCUGCCAACUCUGCUCAAAGAGUCUGCGAUCAGAGUCCACGAUGCCAAUCUCAAGCCCCUAUACCUCAUCGAUCUUCUGCUGGAUGGUCACCUCAUGUCCGAAACAGCAACUAAGGCAGAGUCUACAACUACAGCACAGGACGACGAUGACGCUACGUCUUCGUCAGACGGAUCCUCAGACACAUCUUCAGACGCAUCUUCAGAUACUAGCUCUGAAGCAGGAUCGGAUACAAGCUCAGAUUCCGACUCAAGUUCAGACUCGGAUACCAGCUCAGAGGCCUCCGAGACCAAGGCUACAACAUCCACAAAGCCUUUCGCAACAACAGCCCUCAUCUUCACCAAAUCGAACGAAGCCGCGCUCCGUCUGUCCCGUCUCAUCUCCCUCCUCCACCCCGAGCUGGCACCGUACAUCGCGACCCUCACAUCCACCCAAAAGACAUCCGACCGUCGCCGCGCCCUCCGCGCCUUUGCUGCCAAACGUCUCCGUCUCUUGGUCGCCUCCGACCUGGUGGCUCGCGGUAUCGAUCUCUCGCAGCUCGACAACGUCAUCAAUUACGACCUGCCCGCCAGUGCUGCAGGCUACGUCCACCGUGUCGGUCGUACGGCUCGUGCCGGGCGCGCUGGUGCCGCCUGGACCUUGGUUGAGGACGGAGAGAGUGGUUGGUUCUGGGGCAAGAUCGCCAAGCCGAGCAGCGGCAUCCGCCGCUCUGCCAAGGUUGACCGUCUGCGCAUUGGAGACCCUGACAGCGGUGGCUUCGGAGACGAGAGGGUACAGAAGUAUGAGGAGGCUUUGGAGAAGCUGGGCAAGGAGGCGGGCGAGGCCAGAAGGCAAAGAUAG